AUGGACAAGUGCACAUCGCCCACCCACCGCCUUGCCAAGGAGACAAGGGUGACUGUGCGAAUGAAUCACGCACUGCCCAGUGCUUGGACCAUAUCUGCAGAGGGGGAGAACAAUCCCCAGCAGGCCACCGAUCGUGAGGCGGCAGCCUCGUGCGGUCGCAGUGAUACCGAUAGCAGGUCUCAGGGCCAUGAAAUGCACAUUGCGAAUCAGCUCCAGGAGCUGAAGGCUCUGGUGCAGCAGAUGGAGGGGACAGAGAAGGCGCUGUGCCAGGCCACCCGAUCCUGUAUCCAAGCCCAGCAAGCCCGGGAUGCAGCCAGCCUCCAAGCCGCGGAGCUUUCCUCGCGACUCCAGCGUGAGGAAGAGAGACACCAGAAGGCGCAGAGGGAGUACGAGCACGAGAUGGCUGCCCUCAGAGCGGCCCUCUUCAAGCAGAACACAGAGCAUGAGCAGGUGCCUGCGGGGUGGCCUCCCUGGGACUGA